AUGACACUUGCUCUCACUCGGAUGCCAGCAUCCCAAGGCCAGAUAACCCCCCAAACCCGUGUCGGCCCACCAGCCGGCACCCCGGGCAGCUCCCCCCAGACCCGCGUGGGCCCACCAGCCGGCACCCCGGGCAGCGCCCCCCAGACCCGCGUGGGCCCACCAGCCGGCACCCCGGGCAGCGCCCCCCAGACCCGCGUGGGCCCACCAGCCGGCACCCCGGGCAGCGCCCCCCAGACCCGCGUGGGCCCACCAGCCGGCACCCCGGGCAGCGCCCCCCAGACCCGCGUGGGCCCACCAGCCGGCACCCCGGGCAGCGCCCCCCAGACCCGCGUGGGCCCACCAGCCGGCACCCCGGGCAGCGCCCCCCAGACCCGCGUGGGCCCACCAGCCGGCACCCCGGGCAGCGCCCCCCAGACCCGCGUGGGCCCACCAGCCGGCACCCCGGGCAGCGCCCCCCAGACCCGCGUGGGCCCACCAGCCGGCACCCCGGGCAGCGCCCCCCAGACCCGCGUGGGCCCACCAGCCGGCACCCCGGGCAGCGCCCCCCAGACCCGCGUGGGCCCACCAGCCGGCACCCCGGGCAGCGCCCCCCAGACCCGCGUGGGCCCACCAGCCGGCACCCCGGGCAGCGCCCCCCAGACCCGCGUGGGCCCACCAGCCGGCACCCCGGGCAGCGCCCCCCAGACCCGCGUGGGCCCACCAGCCGGCACCCCGGGCAGCGCCCCCCAGACCCGCGUGGGCCCACCAGCCGGCACCCCGGGCAGCGCCCCCCAGACCCGCGUGGGCCCACCAGCCGGCACCCCGGGCAGCUCCCCCCAGACCCGUGUGGGCCCACCAGCCGGCACCCCGGGCAGCGCCCCCAGCCAGCGACCACAGACCCCUGUGCCCCCCAGCCAGCAUCCCAAGGCCAGAUAA